GAAGUGAAAGAAGGAAUCCGGAUUUGAACGAUCUUACGUGUCAUUCCCACAGUUUCAGUCAUUCACAAAUCACCUGGAGACUUUUGCUGAAAGAGAAUCCCGCAGCCUCACGCUCGCUGUCCCGUUGUCACUGCGACUCUCUUCUCUCAUCUCCAGGAUCGUUGUGGUCGCCCUGGUAACGGUCGCUAACGCCACAAGGAUGAAGGCUCUGAUCCUCGUCGGGGGUUACGGGACCCGGCUGCGGCCGCUCACGCUGAGCGUCCCCAAACCGUUGGUGGAGUUCUGCAACAAACCCAUCCUGCUGCACCAGGUGGAGGCCCUGGUGAAGGCCGGGGUGGACCAUGUGAUCCUGGCGGUGAGCUACAUGUCGGAUCUGCUGGAGCGAGAGAUGAGAGUCCAGGAGGAGAGACUUGGGAUUCGUAUCUCUCUGUCUCACGAGAAGGAGCCUCUGGGAACCGCGGGCCCUCUGGCGUUGGCUCGAGAGCUGCUGAACGUCGACAACGAGCCGUUCUUCGUCCUCAACUCGGACGUCAUCUGCGAUUUUCCGUUCAAAGAUCUGCUGCAGUUUCACCACAACCACGGCAAAGAGGGGACCAUCGUGGUGACGCGGGUGGAGGAGCCCUCGAAGUACGGCGUGGUGGUGUUCGAGGCCGACAGCGGCAGGAUUCAGCGCUUCGUCGAGAAACCGCAGGUCUUCGUCUCCAACAAGAUCAACGCCGGCAUUUACAUCUUCAAUCCCAGCAUGCUCAGCAGGAUCCAGCUGAGACCAACAUCCAUAGAGAAGGAGAUCUUUCCUGUCAUGGCAGAGCAGGGACAGCUGUACACCAUGGAGCUACAAGGAUUCUGGAUGGACAUCGGUCAGCCCAAAGACUUCCUGACCGGGAUGUGCAUGUACCUCCAGUCGCUGCGACAGCAGGCCCCCGAGAGGCUGCACACAGGGCCCGGUUUCCUAGGCAACGUUCUGGUGGACCCGACGGCGCAGAUCGGGGAGAACUGCACCAUCGGCCCCAACGUCACCAUCGGAGCCGGCGUGGUGGUGGAGGACGGCGUGAGGAUAAAACGCUGCACGGUGCUGAAGGGCGCGCGGGUCCGAUCCCACUCCUGGCUGGAGAGCUGCAUCGUGGGCUGGAGCUCCUCUGUGGGCCAGUGGGUCCGCAUGGAGAACGUGACGGUGCUCGGCGAGGAUGUGAUCGUGAACGACGAGCUCUACCUGAACGGCGCCAACGUCUUGCCUCACAAGUCCAUCAACGAGUCGGUCCCGGAGCCACGCAUCAUCAUGUAGCCGCGAAGAGAAAAGGCCUUUUCAUAUACGGACCCGACUGAAUACCCAAACUGUGCCAGAAGGGAGGGAGAACAAAAAAUAAUCAGAAAAAGGCCUUUUCUUUUAAAAAAAAAAAUUCAUUUGGACAUGUUUUUAGCCCUGCUCAGCUGCAUCAUCCAUCACAGAGAAACAAAGAGUGAGCCCGGUCCAGUCGACCACCGCCGGCCUUAUUAAGGGAAAAACGUGUACAACAGAGACUCAUAAUUAUUGAGUAAGAUCAUUUUGAACUACUGUAGAGCACCAGGACGUUCUCUCGCUUCUCGCCACAUAAGAAGAUUCAUAAAAGGCGCCGGGUGUUGACGCUGAGAGCCAGGUCAGCCCGCGGCGUUGGUGACGUGCAUUCUGGGAGACUUUCUCAACGAGCACAUUUACCUUUGAAGCUGACCAGUCACGUGUAAUGAUCAGAUGGUGGUGGGACUAACGGGAAGCGGGCGAUGCUGUCAUGAUGCGCUCUGCAUUCACAUUUCAUGGAUGGAAUCCUGAGAUAUCGGACUGCUACUAAAUGUUACAGCUGGUUACCGGUUGAAGUUUAAUUAAUUAAUGGAUAAUACAACAUCUGACACUUCAUCACGUGAUUUAUUUUCAUUAACGCUUCCAGCAGACGCGGACGUAAUGACAUCAUGAAUGUAAUGUGAUCGCUUUCUGUACGUAGACAUUGAUUAGCGAUUAGCAGGUGUCUCGUUGCCUCUCUGGACUUCACAGAAUGCAGCCUUUUUGAUUAACUAUUGCAGUUUAUCAAGUCUAUUUACAGAUAUUUCACACGCUGCUUCUUUAAGAGUAUCGCAGAACAAAUCUGUCUAAUCGUUCAACCGAUGAAUAAACACUAACAUGCUGAUAUUUAGAUUUAGCUUGUUAGCAUGCUAACAUACUUCCGCUGUUGAUCUUAGUGUUUUUCCACGUCGCCCGUUACAAGUUGUGCUGGAGGGUUUUUUCGGGGGGGGGGGGGAUUUAUCUCAAGGUCAAGAAUGAACUUUCAGUCAUUUAUAAAUCUACAACCUCCAUUUUCGGCUGGAUCUUGUAAUUUAGAUUGAUUUAAUUUACUCCAUCGUGCACUUGGAUGAAAAGUCAUCAGGAUUAAACUUUUCCGAAUGCAAUGUCAUGGCGGUCCGGCCCGAUGGUUACAGAGCAGAUUUCCCUCCUUGCACUGAAUGGAAUGGAAAAAAUGAAGCUUCUCGACUUGUGUGAAAAAUAAGACAUUUUACCGCUCAACAGUAAUCGUAGUAAAAUGAAUCUUUCUGAACCUCGUCACUGAGGGCGUCCUCGUUUUAUUUGCCUCAGCAGCUCAGAUGUGUGACUUGGUGACGUCACUUGAAACUGACCUCCGAUGGCAGCGGUGCCGCCUUCUUAUGCGGUUGUUGAUAAACGGUAUUUGGAACAUGUUAAGACUCUGUGUUUGAAUGAAGUAAAUCCUUGUAAUGGCACCUUUUUGAAAGAGAAUAAUACGAUCUACUGAACA